AUGAGUAAGUUAGAGCAAGCCUAUCAAGAAGAAAACAAAUCAUUACGUGAAGAAAACCGCAUCAUAAGAAACAACCUUCCAAAGCUCACCAACAUUAUUCAAGGACAUAACCCUUCUGUUAUCCUUACUGGAAAUAUGCAUCAAGAAGUAGAAAGCAUGCUAAGCAUCAUUCAAAAGCAAAGAGAGCUUAUUGAGCAAUUGGAAAGCCAAUUAGAGCAAUCUCAGAAUAAUUAUGAAAAUGUUUUAGAGCAAAGCUUAGUUUUAGCAAGAAAAGCGGCAAGAGAGCCUGUGCACCCGACUUCUUAUUUGCAAGAAAUGGUGGAAAGAGAAGAAGCUAAAGUAAGAGAGCUUGAAGAUGUUUUAAAAGAUAAAACGUCAAAGACAGCAAGAGAGUUAGCACAUUUAAAGUAUACUGAGGUGGAACAAACAGCUGAAAUGUCGACAAGAAGUGUUGUUGCAACGCCAACAGUUAGAAGUCCUUCUAUUAGCAUGCUAGGAAAUAAACAGGAAGCGUUUGCAAAAAAGAAGCAGAGCAGAUUUUAA